AGCUGCUAAACAUGAUUUUUAUCUGAAUUAAAGCACAGCUGGCAAGCUGGUUAAAUACAUUUGAGAGGUUUUAUGGUGUGAGGUGCGGGAGGUUCCUGGAAAUGAAGCCCAAACCCAAAUCAGCAGCCAGUUUGAUGACACCACUCAUCUAAAAGGCAGGUAAUUUGUCAGUGUUGGACUGUGUCUCCUGACUCCGCUCUUUACAACCAGUACACAUCAAUGUGCUGCAGGUGGUUUCUGGACAGACUGUGGAGGGACGAUCGCUUCUUAUGUAAGCCGUGAAUGCAGUCCUCCCUCCUACAGAGCUUCUCAAUCAGCCAGCCCUUUCUCACUGGAGUGGACGUGUCCUGCCUCAGAGCGGAGGAAGUCUCUCCUGUGCUGAUGUGUGUUUGGUCAGAGACAAAGGCAACCACAAUCCCCCUGAUGCCCCUGGAGGUUCUGUAGUGAGACCCAAACCAAAGCUCAACGGGUUCCUCGCAGAACUGCUCCCCGCUGCCUGAUAAUGUGGUGUUUACUGAGACCGCGUUUCCAGCAUGGGCCUCAGAAGUUUCCAUGUGGAGUGUUUGUAUUUCACUCUGAUCGUGAAUCAGGAGGUGAUUUAUGUAAGCUGCCGAGUUGGGAAGCUCUCGGUGGUGAAACGGACUCGGUUUGCGAACACAGAGAUGAUCCGUUGUGGCUGGAAGAGAAACAUCUUGUAGUACUUCCACUAUGAAAGCCCGUUCUACAAAUAACCCGUGAGUCAGUCUGAGAGCAGCUCUGUGAAAACAUUAGCGUGACCUGAAGAAGGUCUUCGAUGAGACAGCUCGAUGGAGAGGUCAGUGACAGGCAGGAUUCGAGGGACACUCGCAGCGCCUUCGCCGUCUCGUCUCCACAACGGGUUCAGAGUAAACGGGAGGUUUCACUGCCGUGGGUGACCCUCACACGAGACUCGUUUUCACUCUUAUGCCAUUAACAUUCGUUUCACUGCAGAAGCUGGACUGAGGAGCGUCUGCACUCUGUUUCUCUGUGGUGGCUGCUGGAGGUCAGCCUGACCUUGUGUUCGCCUGCAGAGGGCAGAGGAUGAUGUGUGGGGGUGUGAGGCUGCAAAAACACACAAAGAAAUAUAAAGUAUGAGUCGAUGGGUCAUCAGCCUGGAUGAUUAUCUGAUCCAACAUUCAGCAUUUUUACAGUUAUCAGAUACGUUUUUUUGUCCGAUGGCUGAUGAUUUCAUUUAAAAAUGUGCCACUCGACGUCCUGCCAACUCUAUCUGAUUGGUUACAGGUCACGAGUAAGAGUCCAUCACUGAGAGCCUAUCAGUGUUGGUCUUGGAAAGCGCAGUAAGCUAAGCUAGCAGCUACAUGAGGUGAAGCUUCACUACACUGAGAGAAGCUAAGCUAAGCUAAGCUAAGGUGAGCUACAGCCACCAGCUUCACCUCAGUGAUCAGUUAAACUGCCAGUCAAACAGAUUGGCAGCUCUUAGUUAAACAGUAAGCUGUGCUGUGAGCUACCGUCGCUGCAAACCAGAGCAGCAGAAGAAGAACGACCCCGACACCCUCAGGAUCAGCUUCUCUUCGUCUUCACCUUCUGCCAGAUGUCCUCGCAUCUCGCCGUCUGCUGCAGCAGAGACGUCAUAGGCUUCAGUGCAGGCGAUUCGUGAGAUGCUCCGGGAUGCUGAGAGGAGACUCAGAGGGCAGACGGGCCAGGCAGGGUAUCCCUAUCAGGGCUCCAUGGCACAAAACUGUGCUCUGGUGAGCAACAUACUGGGGCAAACCUGUGUCUUCCCGAGUAAAGGCAAAGCUGACAGAGAGCUGCGGCCAGAGGAAAUGGACGAGUUGCGGGAUGCUUUCAAAGAGUUUGACAAGGACAAAGACGGCUUCAUCAGCUGUAAAGACCUCGGAAACUGCAUGAGAACCAUGGGAUACAUGCCCACUGAAAUGGAGCUGAUUGAACUGAGCCAGCAGAUAAACAUGAACUUGGGAGGUCAUGUUGAUUUCGAGGAUUUUGUUGAGCUGAUGGGCCCAAAACUCCUCGCCGAAACUGCGGACAUGAUCGGAAUAAAGGAACUUAAAGACGCCUUCAGAGAGUUCGACACAAACGGAGACGGGGCCAUCAGCACGUCGGAGCUCCGAGACGCGAUGAGGAAGCUGUUGGGCCAACAGGUGGGCCUAAAGGAAGUGGAAGAUAUCCUGAGGGAUGUUGACCUAAAUGGAGACGGGCUCGUUGACUUUGAAGAGUUUGUGCGAAUGAUGUCUCGCUGAGAUGGUAAAAUGAGCGAUCCGAAUGUGAAGCCGAGUCCUUCGCUUUACUCGAGGACACGCCGAGAUCUCUGAGCCGCCCGAAUCUGAAUGACACUGGAAUUAAAACUCCUUGAAUGUUACGAAGCGAGGAGUCAACUCACACUUUGAGUCAAUAAGUGUUCUUCCUGAAAAGUCUCCAGUUCAACUGAGGCAGAAUUCGCUGUAGCCUAGCUGAUGAUUGUCCAACUUACGUUCUUGCACUUUAAUCCUCACUAAAUAACUUUGUGUGUAUAUAGGUCAUGUGGUGUCUUGUCCCGUCGCCUCUGAUAGUCAGGAGGAGGCAGUGAAAGCCUGUGGAGGAGCUCAGCACAGAGCUGAACACGUCAGUACGUCUGAACGCAGUGUGUGUUAUGUGAGAAGCUGUUAGUGGACUGUCCUCCGUGUGUCAUUGAGGUUCCACCCAGGAACCCGUGUGGCAAUAUAACACCUGUAUUGUAGCUGUGUGACCAUCUGUGAUUCCUCGCUGUGCCAGUUCAGUCCCAUGAAAGCAUCACUGCCCGUAAGGACGAGGCAGAACAAUGAAACACACUUCACGAACGUUCCUCGCUGCAGUUGAGACUCUACAAAGCUCUCUUUCCCAAACCCAAACCAAAGUGCUGGCCGACGCUGGCCUGGCCUGUGCAGCCACCGUGAGCCGCUGAGGCCCCCAGACCCCCGUCACGUUAGGACAGACGUGUGUGAAGUGGACGGCCGUGAUCGUGUCCUACCUGUACUGUAUGUCAGCGUCACUAUGAUUGUAGUUGUGAUAACGUUCCACACGUCGGUGUUGUCAGUCAUUUUUAUGCAUGCCAAAGAGAGAAAUUUAUGAAAUUCAGUAUGCACACAUUUUAAUUUUUGUCUAACAAAGUAAAAUAUUUCAUCAAAUUCAUGUAGAAAAAUAAAAGGUGUUUACAUUUGAGACUCUUUUCCUGUGGUGACGUGACCAGAGAAACUCCAG